AUGAGCCAAAUACCUAUGCAAUAUUUUAACUUAGCGGAGGAAAAUUAUUCUAAGUAUGGAUUAUCAGUAAUACAGCUUAUACAGAUUGGUAAGUUCUAUGAACUUUGGCAUGAGCCUGAUACUCGUAGUAAGCAACAAGCAUACUUUCAAGCCGAGUUAUUAGUUGAGUCAUCCAUGCGAAGUGGGCCUUUGGGGGCAACGCCACCUAUUGAACAAGUUGCCUCGUCACUUGAUAUGAGAAUAACGUCGCCCGGUAAAAGAUCCUUGCUUCAAAUGGGGUUUCCAAUUUAUUCCCUUACUACCCACCUAAGUACCUUGUUGGAUAAAGGUUGGACUGUUAUAGUUAUCGAUGAAUUAGUCACUGGUAAAUCGGGACCAAAACAACGCGCAGUGUCUCAGGUCUACUCUCCUAGUUGUAAUUUAGAGGACUGUUCGGAGUUAUCCUAUGUGUUAUCGAUUUAUUUUUCUCAAGACGACUUAUUAGGUAUUACUUUAUUUUCAGCCAUGAGUGGGCAUAGUAUAAUGUUUCCUGUCUCUUGGACGGACAGAGACAAAGUGGCCCGGUUAUUAAUUAGCUAUCGUGUUAGAGAAAUAGUAAUUUGGGUAAACUUGGGGGUUGGCUUAGAUAUUUUAACAAAUAAAAUAUAUAAUUUGUUAAUUGAUUGAAAUUUAUUCCCCUCUGAGCCCAAUGCUAAAAUUGAAGUUAUGGGAGAAACACUAACCAACUUGCCGUGUUAUUUAUCUUAUAGGUACGAAAAUAAUAAUAAGGAGUGGCUUUUGCUCCAUGUUUAUGUGGGCAUUAACGCAGAGUGGUUUAACAAAAAUUAUCAAAAAUAUACCCUUAGUAAGAUAUUUCAAAGUACUUGGACAGAAAAUGUUAAUCAGGUAAAUUUAAUUAGCCUUUUAGGAGUAUUACACUUUAUUAACGAUCGAAAUCCUGAUCUUAUUAAAAACCUCCAGCUCCCCGAGUGUUACAAUUCUGCUGUUAGCCCCCUAAACUUAAUAUUAUGUAAUCGAGCAGAAUAUCAAUUGGACUUAUUGCCUAAGGGAGGAAAACUGGGCGGGCUACUUAGUUUGGUUGAUUACUGUUCUACUGCAAUGGGUAAAAGACUACUUAAAUUCAGACUUCUUAACCCCAUUACAGAUUAUUAUGAAUUAAAUCUCCGUUAUGAGGAGAUUGCUACAUUUAAACAAUUAAUUGACAAGAAAAUAUUUGACAAUUUCGAGUUAAAACACAUUAAAGAUUUAUCUUCUUUACAUCGUCAAUGGGCAAUAUGUGCCUCGAGUGAUACUGCCUUGCCACCUAAAAAGUUAAGUAAAAUUUACCAUUCUUAUUUGUUUGCUAGUCAACUAAUAAGUAAGUUAACAAAUAAUAAAUGAAUUAAUGUUCAAUUACCCCCCUCAGUCGGGCCCCAACUAGAAUCGCUAAUUGAGGAAAUAGGCCGAGUUUUCCAGGUAGAUAGCCUUUUAGGUGAUUUUAAAUAUGUAUUACGGCCAACUGAUAAUUUAACUAACCUCCUUGCACAACAACAAAUUUUAAGGGCCCAACUUACAGAGUGGGCCGAACAGACUUCAAAUAUUGUGUUUCAAGACACAAUUUCUAUUAAAGCUGAAUAUUUUAAUAAAGAGGGCUAUGCUUUCGCUAUUUCGUAUAAAAAGUUAGUUAAGUUAGAACAUUACAUGACUAACGCCCCCAUGUCCGAUAAUCCAAUUAUUGUGUUGGGUAAAAGAGGAAGUAGCCUUAUAAUAACUAGUUCCACCAUUCAAAAAGUCUCAAUCAAAUUAAGUUUAUUAGAAGAGCAAAUUAAUACUUAUGUUAAACAAACUUAUAACCGGGAACUUAAAAGAUUAUAUUUUAGUUAUUCUGAUCUGUUUUUACCCUUAGUAAAUAUGAUUUCUAGAUUAGAUGUUGCACUAAGCGGGGCUAUUGCGGCUAUUAAGUUCAAUUAUACUAAACCCUGCUUAACGAAACACCAACAAACCAGGGGAUUAAUUGAAGCAAUUAACCUGCGACACCCACUAGUAGAACAGUUGAACACUCAAGAAGAAUGUGUAGCCCAUAAUAUUAGUUUAGAGGAUAAGGGAAUGUUAAUAUUCUCAGUAAAUGGUGCAGGAAAAUCUACUCUACUUAGAACAAUUGGAGUAAACGUAAUCUUAGCUCAAGCAGGAAUGUAUGUAGCUGCAGACUCAUUUAGGUUAAGACCUUAUCACUAUUUAAUUACUCGUAUUUUGGGGGGGGAUGAUCUUCAUAAAGGCCAAGGUACUUUUGAGGUCGAAAUGAGAGAUCUUUCAACUAUAUUAAAGCUAGCUAAUUAUAACAGUUUAAUAUUAGGGGACGAAAUUUGUCAUGGAACAGAAGUCAGUUCAGGGACAGCAAUAUUAGCUGCAACAAUUGAAAGAUUAACAGCUGCACAAACUAGUUUUGUUCUUUCUACUCAUUUACAUCAAGUUUUUUCUUUAAUUGAUUCGCCAGUUCGGUGCUAUCAUUUAUCUGUUAUGCAACAAAAAGAUUUGGGCCUAAUUUAUGAACGUAAAUUAAAACCUGGUCCGGGACCCUCCCAAUAUGGCAUUGAAGUUAUGGGCCACAUAAUUAAUGACAAAAAAUUUUAUAAUAGUGCUUUAAAAUAUCGUAAACUUAUUAACUGGGAGCCACCAUCCCGAAGUGGGUUAAGUUCUUUAGCAGUAUUCCGCCCUUCUAAAUAUAAUGCUCAAGUUUUUAUUGAUUCGUGUGAAAUAUGCGGAGCUCCAGCGGAAGCUAUCCACCACAUUCAACCUGAAAAAUUAUGUAAUAGAAGGUCUAACUUGGUGCCAGUCUGCUCAAGCUGUCAUUUAGAUAUUCAUAGAAAUAAGAUCUCUAUUUUAGGUUGAAAGAGAACCCCGGGACAUAGGAAAUUAUAUUGGGUUUAUCUUAAUGAGUCUUUAGACAGUGGAACUGAGUAA